UCCCUCCUCUUCUGGUGUUCCAGAAGUUUUUGUUCCUUUUUUAUUAUUUUCUGCCAUAUUUUAUUUUUCUGGGGAUUCAGCUUCCGUACAGGUUCCUCAUGCCCCGGGCCCAGUAAAGUGCGCAACGGCGUCACAAGAGAAGCCCCAGCACAAGAGCCUUAUUUUCUUCCCCCACUGCUACUGCAGCAACUACUGUCUCGUUCGACUCGGACCAUGAGCAUGACUGCCUGCUGGUGACUGGAAUCAGCGACAAAGUGCUGAUCCUACGGCGGAACCAGUUUACCGUUCCAACCACGCGAGAGCCGGACCAGACCGUUACCUCACUAGUCUGGUCUUUCUUACAUAUCACGGCCCACCGCCUCUGCAAUGAAUAACGCACCGCCGUAUGGUUUGUUGAUGUAUGGAAGCAGAAACCCCAGUAUCGGCGGUUGGCAGGCGGCAGCCGACUACUUCACCCUGGCACACUCUUCACUGUCUACGCCGAACCUUGGGACGGGUAUAGAAGAGAUUGGUGUGGAGAGUGAAAUUUAGCAAGUGCAAAAGAAGCACGCAUGCAGUCGAGCAAAUAGGGAUACCAAGAGACCUGUUGAGAAACACCAAAUUUUGACCAGUUCAUUCAGCCGAAGAAAUAAAAGCUAGGAAAAGGUACCAAACAGACUGAGAGGGAGAAAUUAGUGGGAGAAGGUAAACAAGUUCGCAAUUGACAGGCUCAAUCUGAGCUUGAAUUUACAGACCAACAAAACUCAACAAGUCACGUCAAACAACAAACACCAAGAGAUCAGACAAGACGGUUGACUGCAAGUUCGGCAGUCAAGCUCAUUGCUGCAGGCCAAGAAAAGACCAGAAGAAAAACAGAUAAAACGGAGAGAGGGGAAGGGUGUGAGGAAUAAAAAAUAAAAAUAAAAAAACGGACGACGGGAUCGACAGCCGAAUCAGGAUUCGCCUGACCGACGAUCUUGCGGCACGGCAGUUCCAGGUCCCCGUCCCUGACGCCCUCUAGCCCGACCGGCCAUGGAGGCCGUGGGCAUGUCGACGGGGCCGACCGGCUUGGAUUACAAUAAUUCUGCUGGGUCUUCCACCUAUGACCCGUCGGUAGAGCCCACGAUCCGUGCUCUUCUCGAGCAGCAACUCGAAAUACAAGCCAAGCUUGCCGCCUUGCUUCCCAGAAAAUAUGGCCUCAACAUUCGCCUUGAGCUUCAAAUGUUGCGCCACAAGCGCCGCGCACUUCUCUCGUACGCUGAAGAGCAUAAUCUCACCGGGGGGGUUCCGACUUUGUCCGAGAUUGAGGAGGCUAGGGUCCUGCAAUAUCAAUGCGAAUGUCUUGAAAGUGCAUGUAUAGACCAAGGCUUGGACAUUCAGGACCCUAAUUUUGUCGAGACGCUGAAGCGUACUCUGCAGACCGAUGCUCCUGAGGGUUACUCGGCCUGGCUAGACAAGAACCUGUCGUAUUAUGACCCAAUAGCCCGGCUCUGGAGGUUGAGGGACAGCAUGGCCUCGAGCCACAGCACAGGGGACGGAUCACGGCACUCCUACAAGUGUCCCAAUGAGCGGUGUUUGCAUUACAUAUACGGCUUCCCAGCCCAGGACGACCGAGACCAACACGCUAAAGAACAUAUUCCUCCGGUCAAAAGAGACUCGGCCCUGUCUGUUGGCGAAAACCUAUCAUUAUUUUCCGACCCCUCCCACCAACGACCAUCGCUAUCUUUCCAAGGGUUUCCGCCCAAGCAAGUUUCGCCCGCCUACUUGCCACCUUCAGCAAGUGCAACUGCGUUACAGCUGGCACCCAUCGGUGCCGAUUCGAGAAGCACUGCUUCGAGGGACCACAGAGAACCCAUGCGGCAUUUUUCAGCUGCCCCUGAGUAUUUUGGCCAUACCAGACCGUCGGACGAGGCCGAGGUUGACCCUCUUCUUCCUCCGCUCAAGAGAAGUCGCGUUGGGCCAUCACGGUUAGAGUCCAUAGAGGAGUUGAGAUUGAACCGCGAAGUAGACCCCUGUUUGCGCUGUAGGGCUCUGCAGAUAGCAUGCGACGCACAUAAUCCUUGCACUUCAUGUCCAGAUCAUGCGAGUCCUGGCGAUAAAGACUUCUGGAAGGCUCUUGGUUGUCUCAGAGGACCGUUGUCAUUAUUAGCCGAAAUCUUGCUUCCCCCAUCGCUUUCUCCUAGACAAAUGCACACACCCAUGGCGUCGCCGCUCGCGCCGAGGAGGAACAUGAAUGAAUUCCUAGAGCGAACCUAUGCAAUACCACCAGAUAUCGAUAGGAUGGUGAGGUCCAACCUUGACUUUGAGGACGGUUUCUGGUGGACAGAAGACCUCGCCAGCAUGAUGACCCCGAGCCCUCAUACGGCUACUUUUAUAAGAGAAUCUGUCGAAAGGGCACCGCCGAUACUGACUGUGCUAGCUGGGAGCUGGAACAUGAGUGGGACUGCUUACAACUUCUGGCAGCUCUUGAAGAUGAGCGGGCUGAUAUCGGACUCGAGAGACGCCGAGGCACUAGAGUUCCCUGUAUUAUACCGCGCAAAGCUGCUCCUCCGCGAGGUUCUGCUGUACGACCUUCAGCAAGCAGAGCCAUCCAUACACGCCGAAGUCAUAAGUCCUCUGUCACAGCCGGCAUUCGAUGACAUCGAUUACUAUGGACGUUACAGAUUAGUACUCAGCUGCCUUUCACAGUCUUUACAGGCAUUCGAAGACGCGUUGAUGCGAAAACGAGUACCAGACCACAAGAGCUGGCUCGCCGUGUUUUUCUCCUUGUGCAUACUAAGCAUGGUAAGGACGAUUUUGCUGGAUACGACCAACGCAUUUGCUAGGCAACUGCCCAACCUACCACAGGGUGCGGGUCCUGGCGCCACGCCAGGGUCGGCUUCAAUGCAUGGCGUAUAUAAGGCAUUGGUGACGAUGUUCACACAUUCGACGUCCAUGGUUCUGGAUGACAUGGCCGCCGGCACAAUCGAGUUGGCCGAAGAGGACCACGAUAUCUUCAAUACCGUCAACCUGAUCAUACAGCGCAACACAUGGGCAGAACGUGGGAUGCAGUCCACGAGAGACUUUUUGAUCCUUUUGGGGAGCAGCGAGCACGAGGGUGCUUCGUAUCACGGUUUUGUGCGGCAGAGGACACCCAGCCGGACGGGAAAUUUUGCCGCGCUUGCCCCCGUGAUGCAGACAGGGGAAGAGCAGCGGCCCCAACCGCUGCAGAUGAGAUCGUUUGGCGAGGCGUGGACGCCAAGUGCCUCAAUGUUCCCUGACAAGGAUUCACGAGAAGCAUUUGGACCCAGGGGGCCAUCGACGGGCGGGGGUAUCAUGUCAUCACCUCGAGAGGGAGAAUCAGGCUAUGUCAGACGGCAUACAAUCGGGCCAAGCAGUCCCACCUUCUCACGAACGAGCAGCAGUGGUACUGGCAGAGGUUUGACCUCUCCGAUUCCGGCGACUCGAAUGAAACCAUCUUAUCAGCGACCGCCGCUGCGGAGAGUAUAUUGCUCCAAGUGCAACGAGUACCCCGAAGGCUUCAGGGGUGAGCACGAACUUCGACGCCAUACCGAUGCCAAGCAUGCCGCCCUGGUCAAGAGAUGGGUUUGUACUGAACCCAUAAACAACAACACUAUGAUAUCACCCCAACCCGUCGUUCCCCUAUCAAAGUGCAAGGCUUGUGUUACCCAGAAAAGGUAUGGCGCGUACUACAACGCCGCAGCUCAUCUGCGCAGGGCACAUUUCAACCCCCAUCGUGGAGGCAAGGCAAGUGGAGACUGGCCCACCAUGGCCAUCCUGAAGGACUGGAUGCGUGAGGUCCGCCAAUCGGUUGAUGUACAGGAUCCAAUGGACUCAUCGGACGGCGAGGAAGAAGUUGACUACAAGCCUCCUACAGCCGAGUUUAGCUCCCCUGGCUCGACUAACCGCCGCUCACCAGCUCCUGAGGUGCCUAGGCUUGCUCCAGCUCCAGCUCAAGCUCAAGCUCCAGCAUCAGCCUCGGUCUCGGCACAAGGGCCCAUCCUGUCCAUGGGGCCUGCAACUAUGUCGUCUGCAUUACACCCCCCUCCACCCCCACAGAUACCGCGUCCAGCACAGUCUCCGGGAUCUCGCAUAGCGCCGGCCCAUCACCAGAGCCGUCCAGCCAUGAUGAUGACACCAGCAUUGGAAAUACCCCCGAACAACCCGGGGGGGAUCAUCUUCCAAACCAACAGCCCCGGUCCAAGCCCUGUCUCCAUGUAUAACCACCAUACGUUGCCGACCACCAGGCUUACAGACGAUCCGCAAGGGGGCCCGCAGGCGACCAACCGGAAUCGUUGUCCCCACCCGGAGUGCCGACGAGUUUUCAAAGAUUUGGCCGCACAUAUGCUCACACACAUGGAGGAGCGACCGGAAAAAUGCCCCAUUGAAUCGUGCGAGUAUCACACCAAGGGCUUUGCACGUAAAUACGAUAAGAACCGGCACGCGCUUACGCACUACAAGGGCACGAUGGUGUGCCCGUUUUGCGCGGGUGCGGGAACGGCAUACGAAAAGGCCUUCAACCGGGCCGACGUCUUCAAGCGGCACCUCACGGCCGUGCACAAUGUGGAGCAGACACCACCUAACAGCAGGAAGCUCGUCGUCAGUGUGACGAGGGACGUGGCAGCGACGGGGGCGAGGUGCUCAAUCUGCCAGAGUCACUUUGCCACAGCACAGGAGUUUUAUGAGCACCUGGACGACUGCGUUCUCAACGUCAUCGUGCCUGCUACAACACCCAAGAGCGCGGGCACGGUUGGGAGCGGUAGCGGCAGUGCGAGUGCGAGUAGCGUCGGCAGUGCGACGGCGACCCAGCAGCAGCAACAACAAAAUGCACCAGGUACCCUGAUAAGGAAAGAUUCCGGACCAUCGACAGCACCGAGUUCGGCCACCACUAUGCCACCAACGGGAACAGGCAGGGAGGAGUCGAAGUCCGAUAAUAGGGGAGAUGGCUUAGGGCAAGCUGGUGGUGGCCGGGUUCCUGAGAAGCCCGAGCCUAGACAAGAUGCUGCAGGGACAAUUGCCGAGAGGAUGGAGGUUGAUUCAUAACGGGUGGGAGUCCGUUUGGUCAUCUGAUUGGUGGCUUUCGGGAUUUUUUUCCUUUUUUCUUUUUGCUUUACCGUACACAGUGAUUUAGGGCGUGGCGUCUGGUAAAGCAUGUCAAGAUUGGGGGUGUGCCCCUUUUAGUACUUGUUUAUUCACAUCUGGGUUUCAUCAUACUGCACAUUAUUUGGGCAGACUUGGUUGGGUGGAAUUUUUUAUGUUAUACACUUCUAAUUACAAGAUAUCCGUGGAGUACGAGGGACCGAGACUCGAUUCCGAGAAUUCACACAUUUUUGCAUUCUCCUGAUACAUACCUAUAUAUCAAGGCUCACUCUUAGGUAGAUAUAGCAGAACACAGCUAUUUUAGGAG